UCGCUCGAGGCUCCUCCUGUUGUGCCUGUGCGGCCGAAGGUACCAAGAGAAAGAGAUAGAUUGAAGAUGUCUGGGGAGCAUUGGAGCGCGGAACCAGGAAGAAGAAAUUAUCCAAGCAAAGAACAUGAAACAAAACAGUUCCAAUUUUUGUCACUUCAGAAUUAAAACAUCAACAUUGCUUGGUUUUAUAUGAAAGAGCCUGUGUUGUAUAAUUACUUGAUCUUAAAAUGUCAGACAAAUCUCCUGAAGAAAAAAGACCUCGUAAAAGUUUGUCAAAAAGUAAAAAUCAGAAGAAUGAAACCAAGGCUAAAAAAGGGUUAUUCAAAUCCAAUUCUAUUCUUUCAUUUUUUAAUAAUGUACCCCCAGUCAAACUUGCUUGUCCUAUCUGUGGCCAAAUGGUGCCAAGAUAUGACUUAAAUAGGCACAUUGAUGAAAUGUGCCAGCAGAACAAUAAUGAAGUAGUUCAAGUUGAUAGAACAGAAUUUGACAGCUCAGUAAAUCCAAAUUUAUCUCCAGCUAAUUUAGCCAAAACAACCACAGGAUGUAUAUCUCCAAAGCAAUCUUUACCUCCCCAGAUAAGUUUGAGCCCCAAUAAAAGUGAAUCUGUAAAAAGUGAUAUGACAGAGAAAAUCAGUCCAUACUUUAAAAAUAGUGAUAACUUAGUAAACAAUAGUCAAGAGGAACUAAAACAUCAAACAAUGAAAAUUAUUCCCUUAGGAAGCCUUUCAUCAAAAUUAUCCAAGCGAUACAUAGAAACUAAAAAAUUAAUAGCUAAAAAAGAGAGACGAGAAAAACAUGAAGUUCUGAAGACACAAAGUUUGAUGCAUCUACCUGUUAAGGAAGUAGAAGCUAAUUUAAUCACAGAUAGGGAUGAAGAACAGAUUUUGGGAAGUGGAUCUCAAAAGGAAAAUGUUUUUGUUUCCAAAAAGUCUUCUGAAUGCUUUAAUAAAGAAAGCACUGCUUUUGAAUAUACCUCAGAAGAUAUAGAAAUAUUAAAAAAUGAAAAUCAGACUGAUACCCAAGAAUAUGGAGCAACAGUACCCACUCUUGAUUUUAUGGAUAAAACUUGUGGUAUUAAAUCGUCAACUUCAGAGAAUAUUCUUAAGACUGAGAAGAUUUUUGAAGUUGUGGGUAGUAAAAGUAGAAGUGAUGUACAAUCAACAGAAUAUAAUCAAGUAAUUAUGACUGAUGUUUCAGAAGGCCAAACUCAGUGGUCCCAAAAUGCUUCCCCACCUGCUAAUUUGGCAGUGAAAUGUAAUAGUCAUGGAAGUACUUAUUCUGAAAGGGACAACACAAGAAUACUUCUGGAAGAAAGUCACAUUGACUUAAAAAAUGAAACCAUUCAUGACUCUGCUUUUUUGGAACUGGAGCCAGAUGAUGAUGAAUCAGAAAAAGCAAAUCAGGAUAGUGGUAACUUGGACUUGACUUCUGAUUUUUCAGAACAUCCUUAUUAUCUUAGGAAUUUUCUUAUGGUACUAAAAGCAGUUUUUGAGAAUGAAGAUGAUCUGAAGCUCUUUGAUGAACAGGAUAAGGAAAUCAUAACAAAGUUUUUAAAACUAUCAGCAAGUGGGCAGAAAUUAUAUGUAAGACUUUUUCAGCGCAAGCAAGUUUGGAUAAAAACUAACAAGAUAGAUUAUGGAGAGAUUGGCCAAGAUUUAUCACCAGCGAUUGAAGAAUUAAAGCAAGUAGGCUUACUGCAAACAGAAUCUGAAUUACAAGAUCUCUCUGAAGUACUUGAACUACUUUCUGCUCCUGAGCUAAAAACCUUAGCAAAGAUAUUUCAUUUGACGAAUCCCAAUGGACAGAAACAGCAACUGCUGGACACAUUUUUCAAGCUGGCCAAACAGCGUUCUAUCUUUAGUCUGGGCAAGACUCAGCCCGGCAUUGGUGCAGUGAUUUUGAAAAGGGCAAAGGAUUUGGUAGGACAGUCUGUAAGAAUUUCUAAAGGUCCUCGGGCUGUAUUUUCCCGUAUUUUGCUGCUAUUUUCAUUGACUGAUUCAGUGGAAGAAGAAGAUGCUGCUUGUGGCGGGCAAAGCCAACUUUUCACAGUACUAAUGGUCAACUUAGGCCGAAUGACUUUUCCCAGUUAUACAAUAAAUAGGAAAACACCAAUCUUCCAAGAUAAAGAAGAUCUUAUCAGAUAUGCUUCAGCUGCUCAUAUGUUGAAUGAUAUUUCUACUACUAUGGCUAAUGGAAACUGGAAGGAAGCUAAUGAGCUCUGCAAAUGUGCAAAAGAGGAUUGGAACAAGUUAAAAAAUCAUCCAUCCCUAAGAUACCAUGAAGAUUUACCUCUUUUCCUGCGGUGUUUUACUGUUGGGUGGAUUUAUACAAGGAUUUUUUCGAGAGCAGUUGAAAUACUACAAAGAUUGCACAUGUAUGAGGAAGCAGUUGAGGAACUUAAAAAUCUUUUAUCACAAAAAAUAUAUUGUCUUGAGAGCAGAGGUCGAUGGUGGGACAGAUUGGCACUUAAUUUACAUCAACAUUUGAAACGCAUUGAACAGACUAUUCAAUGUAUCACAGAAGGAUUGUUGGAUCCACAUGUAAGAACAGGACAUCGUUUUUCUCUUUACCAACGAGCAAUGAGACUAAAAGAUUCUCCAAGUUGUAAAAAAUUCAGCCAUCUCUUUCAUAAAAUGCCAAUUAUGACUAUUAAAGAUGUUAACCAUGUGACCAUAAAAGGAAAAAUGUGUCCCCAAAGUGGAAUGGGAAAGUCUGUGUUUCUUAUGCAGGAAACUGAGACAGAAGGAGAUGAAUGUACUCCAACCACAGUCAUGUGUUCAGUUGAGGAGCUAGCUCUAGCCUAUUAUAGGCAAAAUGGUUUUGACCAAGGUAUUCAUGGAGAGGGGUCCACAUUUAUUACAUUAUAUAGCCUUCUACUGUGGGACAUAAUUUUCAUGGAUGGAAUACCAGAUGUUUUUCGAAAUUCCUAUCAGGCAUUCCCAUUGGAUUUGUACACAGACAAUUUCUAUGAAAACAGACGUGAUGCCAUAGAGUCUAGGCUCCAGAUGAUUCAUGAGGCUUCUCCUGAGACUCUGAAAGUAUGGAUUGCGAAUGUAUGGAAUGCUCAGGAGGGGAAAGUAGCAUCAGGAGUCAACUGGGACAGGUUCUCUUCUCUUCAGCAAGCACAGGACCUGGUAUCCUGUUUUGGGGGACCUUUCUUAAGUGGCGUUUGUAGACUACUAGCAAUAGACCUUCGGCAUCACAGAGGGGGUCUCCCAGAUCUGGUUGUAUGGAAUACCUCCAAUAACCACUUUAAGUUGGUAGAAGUUAAAGGGCCUAAUGAUCGUCUUUCCCACAAGCAAAUGAUUUGGUUGGAUGAACUGCAGCAAUUGGGAGCCCAAGUAGAAGUCUGUCAUGUGGUUGCAGUUGGAGCUAAGAGCAAAUGCCUCAGCUAGAUUAUAUACUUUGGGUGAUGUUCUGUCACUUGCUUGCUGUUUGUUUUUGUUUUUUUUUCUUUCCAAAAGAAUAAAAUGUUACUGUUAAAUUUUA